AUGCCGGUCCCCAGCCGCCAGGUCCAUAUUGGCCGGUCCCAGAGCUGGGAUGCAGCCGGGUGGUACGAGGGCCCCUGGGAGGUGGCCAAGGCUCCGGCGAGGAGCAGCUCCCUGGCGGACAGCGGCGCCGCGGGACCCUGGUACGAGCCCCAGGGCGCCGUCGAGCCCUACCUCUACCGGGAGGCCUUCUUCAACUCUGUCGCUGGAAGGAAGAGCCCAGUCGCCGACUUCGCCUUUUACGACAGCAGACAGGCAGUGAUGUCUGGCCGAGGUGGCCUGCUGCCGCGGGAUUACUACGGCGACGCGGCUGGAGCCGCCCGGGCGCCCAAGGAGGCUCGCCACCCCCGCGACCCGGGACUUGGCCGGUCGCUGCCUGAUUACGGAGUGACGGGCAGCAGGAUGUCGUGGGAUCAGGUGCAAGGCCGGGUCCCCGCCCUGCAGGAGGCCAGGCAGCUGUACCGGGAUCCGGCGGGUAGAGGGAUGGCUCAGGGGCCGCGGACGCAGAGCCAGGCCCCGUCGCCCACGCGGUGUGCAGGGGAGCUGGCCGUCGGCAGGUACGCCACCGGGGCCCCCGCCUACCCAGCCAGCCAGCUCUACAGCGACGUCGGCGAGAGGCCCAUGGAUUCUGCCCCCGCCAGGCAGGCGGCCCCCACCUGCCUGGUUGUGGACCCCGCCACAGCCAGCGCCUCGGACGGCAGCCCGGGGGUGGCCCCAGGAACCCUGAACCGCGGCUACGGGCCUGCCCGGGGCAGUGCCUCCUCUCUGGCGGCUGAUGAGAAUUACGAGGCGGACCUGUUCUCCUUCCAGGGGUCCGGGGGCAGGAGGAGCACACUGCCCGAGUUCCUGGCCCUCCUGCGGGCUGAGGGGGUGGCGGAGGCCACGCUGGUGGCCCUGCUGCAGCAGGGCUUCGACUCUCCAGCCGUCCUGGCCACCAUGGAAGACGCAGACAUCAAGUGCGUCGCGCCCAACCUGGGCCAGGCCCGCGUGCUGAGCCGCCUGGCCGGCACCUGCAGGACCGAGAUGCAGCUACACAGGCAGGGCCGGGGGGGCCCCUUGUCCCGGAUGCGCUCCAGCAGCUUCAGCCAUCGCGGCGAGCUCCACGGUGACUUGUCUUCGCUGGGCGCCUCGGCCUUGCAGCCCCAACCCAUGGGGCCUCUGCAGGCGCCAUCCCCCCGCACGGGAGACCUGGCUCGCCGCCCCUCCAGCGCACCAUCCCAGCACCUCCUAGAGACGGCGGCCACCUACUCUGCCCCGGGGGGGGGCGCCCAAGCCCCCCACUUCCCCUCCAACUCUGGGUACAGCUCUCCCACCCCCUGCGCCCUGACGGCACGGCUGGGCCCCACAUACCCCCCGCAGGCCGGGGUGGCCUUAACUCACCCAGGCCCCGCCACCCCCCUUCACCCGGGCCCUAGAACCGCCUACUCCACAGCAUACACGGUGCCCAUGGAGCUGCUGAAGCGGGAGCGCGGCGUGGCCGCAUCUCCCCUGCCCAGCCCCCAUGGCAGCCCCCAGGUCUUGCGGAAGCCCAGUGUCCCCAUGGAGCCGGCCACGCUGCCGCCAGCCAGCCAGAGCCUCCACACACCUCAACCGCCCUACCAGAAGGUGGCCCGGCGGACGGGGGCCCCCAUCAUCGUGUCUACCAUGCUUGCUCCGGAACCAAGUAUCCGCCCCCAGAUCAUGAACGGCCCCCUGCACCCCCGCCCCCUGGUGGCGCUGCUCGAUGGCAGAGACUGCACCGUGGAGAUGCCAAUCCUGAAGGACCUGGCCACUGUGGCCUUCUGUGACGCACAGUCCACUCAGGAGAUCCACGAGAAGGUUCUAAAUGAAGCCGUUGGCGCCAUGAUGUACCACACCAUCACCCUCACCAGGGAGGACCUGGAGAAGUUCAAGGCCCUGAGAGUGAUCGUGCGGAUAGGCAGCGGCUACGACAACGUUGACAUCAAGGCUGCUGGCGAGCUCGGCAUCGCCGUGUGCAACAUCCCGUCCGCGGCCGUGGAAGAGACGGCCGACUCCACCAUCUGCCACAUCCUCAAUCUGUACCGGCGGAACACGUGGCUGUACCAGGCGCUGCGGGAGGGCACGCGGGUCCAGAGCGUCGAGCAGAUCCGGGAGGUGGCCUCGGGAGCAGCCCGCAUCCGCGGGGAGACGCUGGGCCUCAUCGGCUUCGGUCGCACGGGGCAGGCGGUUGCUGUUCGAGCCAAGGCCUUUGGAUUCAGCGUCAUAUUUUAUGACCCCUACUUGCAGGAUGGGAUAGAGCGGUCCCUGGGCGUGCAGAGGGUCUACACCCUGCAGGACUUACUGUAUCAGAGCGACUGCGUCUCCUUGCACUGUAAUCUCAACGAACAUAACCACCACCUCAUCAAUGACUUUACUAUAAAGCAGAUGAGGCAAGGAGCAUUCCUAGUGAAUGCGGCCCGCGGUGGGCUGGUGGAUGAGAAAGCCUUAGCCCAAGCCCUCAAGGAAGGCAGGAUACGAGGGGCAGCCCUCGACGUGCAUGAAUCGGAGCCUUUCAGCUUUGCUCAGGGUCCCUUGAAAGAUGCACCGAAUCUCAUCUGUACGCCCCACACAGCUUGGUAUAGUGAGCAAGCCUCACUAGAGAUGCGGGAGGCAGCCGCCACCGAGAUCCGCCGGGCAAUCACAGGUCGCAUCCCCGAAAGCUUAAGAAACUGUGUGAACAAGGAAUUCUUCGUCACAACAGCUCCCUGGUCAGUAAUAGAUCAGCAAGCAAUCCAUCCGGAGCUCAACGGCGCCACAUACAGAUACCCGCCAGGCAUCGUGGGGGUGGCUCCCGGCGGACUUCCUGCAGCCAUGGAAGGGAUCAUCCCCGGAGGCAUCCCGGUGACUCACAACCUCCCCACCGUGGCACACCCUUCCCAAGCUCCCUCUCCCAACCAGCCUACAAAACACGGGGACAAUAGAGAGCACCCCAAUGAGCAAUAGCAGAGAAUGACGAACAGUCAUCAUUCAGAUAAACCUGGGACCAAGAGACAGUGAAAACUAGAUGAACUAAGAGAAGGACUUUGACCGUCUUUUUAACCGAUUCCGGACCCACGCAUCAUUGACGCUGCAGUGUUAGGAGAGCGGGAAGCCGAGGCGUGGCAAGGCUGGAGCUGGCGUCUGGUGACGGAAGCGCUAAAGACUAGGACGUGAUUUAUUAACGACCAACUUCUGUUAUUGUGUGUUACGUUCUUCAUCUGUGCAUCCAAUCACAAAGAAUAAAUAGAUCCUUUUCCUUUAUCAGCCCCUUGGGCACAGCAGGUCCUGAACACCUUGCUCUAGAAUGUUGCAUCAGGAGUUCCAAACGUCAAAUAAAAAAUACUAAGAGGAAAUCCCCCUCCUAUGACUCUAGUCCCUUCGGUCCAUGGGGGCUGGUGACCUCUCUUGCUGGUAGGAAGAUUAAAUUACUACAGAGAAGGGGGAGAAAACUGUGUGCCCGUGUUAACCACCGCAAGCGUACAGAAGUCUCUCUCCCAUCUGAACUGCGUACUGAGCGGGCGAGUUGGUUGUGAAUUCAGUGAUACCCUCUUGAUGAUGCAAAAAAAGGAAAAAAAGAAAAAAAAGAAAAAAGUAUUAAGUUUCACAAGCUGUUUGUACUCAAAUAUAUUUUCUCAGUUUCAGAUCCUCAGCUAUUUUAUUGAGUGGAAAGUCUUGAGCUAAAAGAGUUCAAGAAAAAUAAUGUUGCAUUUCCUUAUGUCUCAGGAAACACUUUUUAUGGUAACUUGUCAGAUUGUCUAUGAACAAACCCACUUUUUUAGACAUUGAUAAAUCUUCUUUUCUUCACGUGAUAUUUUAUACAAGAACACUUCAGGUGUGUUAUUAGAUGUGACUGAUUUUAACAAAUCCUAUUAGAUUUGUAUCAACUAGUUACAUGUUAUAUUCAUAGUCUUUUGUGAAUCAUCGCCUUUUUGUUUAAAAGAUGGCCUAUUUUGAGCCUUUGUAUAGGUACAUUCCUGUUUUUGUGACAAAAAAAAAAAAAAAAAAUCCUUUAAAACUGUCCCAAACAGAAAAAUAAUGGCUAUCGGAAGUGUUUUGUUUUAGUGUGAGUUACCGCUACUGUGUCUGUUUAUUGUAAAGGUGGACAUUUAGCGUUCAGUGCAGUUUUCAAUAAAAAGUAAUAAAAAUUUGUUAAGUUCUGAAAUUCAAGUACAUCUCACCCAGGUAAAUGUUCUCUACUUGAGAUGUUUUAAAGGCAAACUACAUUCUCAAUUAGCCAGUUUUCAACUCGUGUUCCUCCCGGGUUCGAAGAUGAACACUUUUCCAUCUGCCCAUAUGCAGGUGAUUACCUAUGACAGCUUAACCCAGAAAUCAGAAAACCACCC